AUGGCAAUCAUCGACAUCCUCAACGCUGAAGUCGCCCAACAAGUGGUAGACAGCUUGGGCGGGAAGCGCCUCAUAAAUUCCCUUAUCACCAACGUCGAGCGCCUCGCACAGACGACAGACACCCUCUCCUCUGACAUUAGCGCAACUCUCGCGUCUACUGUUCUGCUCGUAGGAAAUCUGACCGAGACGACGAAUGCGCUUGCGUUGGACUUACAUUACCUGCUGCAAGGCUGCAUCGCCCUUGUUGCGUUGCUGUGCUUACUGACAGUCCUUUGCAUCCGGAGUUUCGGUGUCAAUGCCGUGGGUAACGAGCAAGUCCAGAAUGGUCACUGCCAGAGUAAACGCCCAAUACGACACCACAUAGCAACGGGAUAUUCUGACAGUCGUUUCGGUGCGAAGUUCGGAAAUGCGCUGGAGGAGAUGGGCUGGAGCACGUGA